AUGGCAAACCUAAGAACAGCAAUGGAUGCUGCAUUUUGGGACCUAAACAUAUCAACCCCACAAGCUCUUGAUGGCAUUUCCAGAGCAGUGCCUGGGGAGCCCAUACCAUUGGAUGGUACCAGGGCUAGUAAAGCCCUAAGAAUCCAACAGCUCUCUUUACUUGGAAAUGGGUUUCCUCUGGGGAUUAUUCCUUCUUAUUCCCCCUCCGCCAAUCAUAAAGAAUUGGGAUCUUUUGCCCUCCAGUCUCUUCUGGGCAAGGCUGCCUUCCGCGACUGGUGGCUUGGAUUAAUUGGACAAUUUCGUCCAAAGAAGUUAAUAUCUUCUAUUAGUGCAGAGAUACGUGGUGCAGAUGAAUGGGAGCUGCCUUUGGUUAAAGACGUAGCAAAACAUUUCCUAGACAAAUCACUUUAUGCACUUGGCCUAUGCUCACAAAUAUCGUUAACAUCGUCAUCAUCCUUACUGUUGAGCACUGAAAAGCAUGGUGAGAGGAAGGGCCGCCGCACCAGAGCCAUGCUCCUACACAAGCUUCCUGAUCAUGAUAUUACUUUGGAAGCUGCAUUGCCUGAGUUGUUCAUAGACCAUAGAGGAAAAUAUUGGGAAGUUCCCGAAUCUGUAUCCUUAGAUUUGUCAUCCCUUGUUUCUGAGUCUGGAUUGCGAUAUCGUUUUGGCAUCCAUAGAAAUAGUGGUCCUCCUCACGCUGUUGAUUCCUCAGAUAGCAAUACACCGCUUACAUUAAUGCCUGGUGUGUGUGUCAAAGCUGCCUUCUCUUAUGAAAAGAACAAAGAUUUGUGGAGGCAAAAGGAAAAAAAAGAGGAUAUCAUUAUCGAGACAGACCAAGGCCGAUUUUUGCGACCUUCAUAUGAUAUUCGUCUUAGAGAGCCUCAUGCAGCCGUAUCUGGAAUUAUAGGGGGUACUUGUGCGGCAUGGUUUGGAGGUGGAAACAAUUUGCCCGCUGUUGAGUCAAUGGAAGGCGCAGAUAGCAUUUCUUCGGGUGCUAAGAGUAGAAGUCGUUUUGGGGUCGAUUUAUUUGGCUCAGCUUGCUAUACUUAUCAACAUGGAAAAUUCAGAGAGCUGUUUGGAGACCUCACCAGGAUAGAUGCUCGCCUGGAUAUUUCUUCAGCUUCAACUUUAGCCAAAAAAGUUUCCAACCUUUUCCGCAGUGCAUCAAAUAAUGGUGCACCAAAUUUACUGUCUACUGUUGGACUUAACUUGAUAUUUCAGCAGCAGGUUGCUGGCCCCAUUGUUUUUCGAGUAGAUUCCAAGUUUUCGCUCGAUUCAUCAUCCGGGAGGCAUGGCCCACAACUGGAAGAUCUGGUAUACAGCUUGAAUUACUCUUUAAGGCUCCUACGGUCUGGGAAGGUAAUGGCAUGGUAUUCUCCGAAGAGGAAAGAAGGGAUGAUUGAGCUACGACUGUUUGAAUUUUAA